AUGAUCGAGCCACUUAGCGUCACGGCCAGCAUCGUUGGCAUCACUGCCCCGGCUUUGCAUGGGAUACGGCUCCUAAUAAAUGACGUGCAAAGCAUCAAGGAUGCGCCCGAGGCCAUCCGAGCGUUGGAAGAUCACCUUCACCGAGUCAGUCUGGCGGUUUCUUCUCUUCAGGCCAUCGACCCCAGAGAGUGGGAGUAUCUCGGCAGCAACGUUACGGAUGAGGUCGAAUCAACAGUCCGGUUCUGCACAGCUUCAUGCGACCGAUUCAGGCUCGACCUACAGCGUUGGACCAGACACUCUCCUGAUGGAGGGUUCUCAUGGCAAGACCGUGCCAAAAUGGGCUUUAUGAAACAAGGUCCGAUCAAGUCUAUGCAGGGCCACCUACAAACCUGCCAGAUCGCAAUCAACUCAGUGGUCGGCAUAGCCACAUUAUACGUACGAGAGAUCACGUUUGCUGUCCAAACAACGGAUACCCAACUGGCACAAGUGACAGAGACGCUGAAAACGCUCAAUACCCUCGAUGACGCUCGCCGUGAGGUAGACAUGGUGAGACAGCUUCAGGAGGAACAAAUUGCAUUAACAUGGUCCCGGAAGCUACUGGACGAAAUUAUUGCGAAGUUGCAAGAGGAUCCGGCGUCGAGAGCGUCCGGAGAGAAAUCCGGAGAGAAACAGGGCUAUUCCGCGCAAGUGACCUUGGAAGCCAGACCUCCGGCCUUCAGAUUGGCGUUAGCCACGGGGCUAUCAGCGGGAUCACUUUUGGCGGCAAAUGAGUAG